AUGGAUACGGUCAAGAAGGUUCUGGGUCUGAGCGGCGGCAGUUCAGCUACCCCACCAUCGGACGAGCAGCUCACCCAGCUUCGAGAGAAAUACAGCAAGGCCGGGCAAGAACAGGUCUUUACAUUCUACGACUCACUGUCAGCCGGCGAGCAAGCUGCACUCUACCAACAGCUCAGUCAGAUCGACCCGGACCACAUCAACAAGAUCACUGACCGUGCCCUCAACCCGCCCAAGACCGAUAAUGACGGCAAGCCCCCGACACUCGAGCCACUUCCGGAGUCGGCCACCGCGAGCAUAUUGGAAUCAGACCCCAAGGAUGUCGAAGGCUGGUACAACUCGGGUCUCGACAUCAUCGCGAAGGGCAAGGUCGGCGUCGUCCUGAUGGCCGGCGGUCAGGGCACGCGGCUGGGUAGCUCAGCCCCCAAGGGCUGCUUCGACAUUGGUCUGCCGUCGUCCAAGUCCCUGUUCCAGAUCCAGGCCGAGCGCAUUCUCAAGGUGCAGCAGCUCGCUGCCAAGAAGGCCGGCGCCGAAAAACCCGCCGUCGUGCCCUGGUACGUCAUGACCUCGGGCCCGACGCGCAAGCCGACCGAGGAGUUCUUCGAGAAGCACAGCUUCUUUGGCCUCGACAAGGCCAACGUCCAGUUCUUCGAGCAGGGCGUGCUCCCCUGCAUCUCUAACGACGGCAAGAUCCUCCUUGAGUCCAAGGGCAAGCUCGCCGUGGCGCCAGAUGGCAACGGCGGCAUCUACCAGGCCCUCGUGGUGUCGGGAGUGCUGGACGACAUGCGCAAGCGCGGCGUUGAGCACAUCCACGCCUACUGCGUCGACAACUGCCUCGUCAAGGUCGCCGACCCCGUCUUCAUUGGCUUCUCAGCGGCCAAGGACGUUGACAUCGCGACCAAGGUGGUUCGUAAGCGCAAUGCCACCGAGUCGGUCGGCCUGAUCCUUCUCAAGAACGGCAAGCCCGACGUGGUCGAGUACAGCGAGAUCGACAAGGAGACGGCCGAGGCGACGGACCCCAAGCUCGGCGACGGCGUGCUCAAGUUCCGCGCCGCAAACAUCGUCAACCACUACUACAGCUUCCGCUUCCUCGAGAGCAUCCCGCUGUGGGCCCACAAGUUGCCGCAUCACGUCGCUCGCAAGAAGAUCCCGCACGUCAACCUCGAGACGGGCGAGACGGUCAAGCCCGAGAAGCCCAACGGCAUCAAGCUUGAGCAAUUCGUCUUUGACGUCUUCCCCAUGCUCGAGCUGAGCAAGUUUGCCUGCAUGGAGGUCCGCCGCGAGGACGAGUUCUCGCCCCUCAAGAACGCCCGUGGCACAGGCGAGGACGACCCCGACACCAGCAAGCACGACAUCAUGGACCAGGGCAAGAGGUGGGUGGCUGCCGCUGGCGCCGUCGUGGUUGGAGAGAAGGCCGACGCUGGUGUCGAGGUGUCGCCUCUGGUCAGCUAUGGCGGUGAGGGCUUGGAGGCUUUCAAUGGCAAGGAGAUUGUGGCUCCUGCUGUUCUUGAGAAGGAGUAA